UUGCUAGUGUCGUGCGAGACAGUCCACUAUGGAGAUGUUUGUAUAGAGAUAAUGCUCCAACUUGAUAAUGAUAUUGUAGAAAAAAGAAUGUCCCCCUCUUCAUUUUUUAUAGAGUAAGGCUAGAGUACAGCUGGAAGUUUAAGUAAUGUGUUCUUACUUUAUUUAUUUAUUAAAUUUGUAUAAAAGUGGCCCGUUAGCAUCAUGCUGUCUGGGUGGCCAUUACAGUAAAAAUGUCAAUAAUAACAUUAAAUAAAACAGUAUAGUUAAUAUUGCAAUAAAUAAGAUAAACAAUAUAUGUAUAUUCAGACAAAAAUGUAAAUUAAUAAGACCAGUGCUGUCAGUGGAGAUGUUUUAAGUCGUUCUAUAGGUCCAUUGAAAAGAAAAGCUUUGUUAGGCACUUAAAACACAGUAAAGUAGGUGCUUGACAAAUCUAAUGGCAGGGCGUCCCCCAGUUGGGAUGCCACCACAGAAAAGGCCCUCCUUGCAACCUCCCCCUUAUCCUCCCUAAGAAGGAGGACUUGUAGGAGGACCUCCAUCGAUGAUGAUCUCUCUGUAAUCUAUUUCAAUGUGACAAGUGACAUAGUGAUUCUCCUUGACCCUUCUUUUUCUUGGCUGCUGCUUCCUCUUUUGUUUGUUUUAUCCCCUCUUUUUGACAUUUAUCUUUUUCUUCACAUUAGUACUACUGUCGUGUUUUUCUUGCAUAUUUAUGUUGAAGUGUUACAUUAAAAGAUCGGAAUGGUGCGUUCUUGGAAGCAAUGGAAUUCCAAAAUGGAAUCCCUGGAUUAACCCAGCAACUAGCUUGGUGGUGGUGGUGGUGCUGGUGGUCAUCAUUGUCACUGAGCCAGAUUGUAGUUGCCUUGCGAUCAGUUACUUGCCACCAGGUUUGACUAUAGCUUCAUGUCCUUUUCCCUUGCGACUUGCUGCCCCUCAUCCCUUCAUUUUCUUGUAAUAACAAAUUUAGUUUUAUUAGCUGUUGUAGCUUUUCUUCAUAGCUUAGCUCUUUCACACUUCGUAUUUCAUGAAUAUGUAUUUAGGUUAUUUGCGGAUAUUUCCCACAACUGUGCAAUGCACACUCAGGUAAACUCAGAUGGAGUUCAUAAACCUGGUCCAUCCUCACAAUCUCAAUUACUUUUUAUCUGCUCUUAUUACUAAACUCUAGAACAAAACAGCAGUUCAUGCUCAGGACAUUGCAAGGGCUUGGUGUUCUUCUAGUGACUGUUGAGGAGUUCAACAAGAAACUGUUGCACAUUUUCUUUCUUUUCUUUUCGCCUUUGCUCUUUGUUUAUAUUCAUUUAUUUGAUUUCUUUUCAACCUUUGGAUUCCAAAGGAUUUUUUUCCAGUGGCUUCCCAGCAGUCCAGAGUGUGUCUUAUGAAUGCCUCAGUGGGGUCAGGCUGUGAGUGUACAGUUGCCCAGAGUCCAUUGCUGUUGAAAUUGCUAUCCAGGUCUCUAGUCCCUUAGAUGAGAGCUGUACAAAUAAUUGUUCUGCUGUGGUGUGAGGGAAAUGUCACUGAUAAAGCAAAGUCAUGCUUUGUGUAAUGCACUAUUCUUGGCAAAAAAUGGCCUUUUAAUACCAAGGCCUGUUUUCCCCUAUAAUGUUUAGAGAUGCAUGCUCUGUUUUUUGUAGAUGGCAUUGUGCAUUUUCCUCCCCUGUCCCUGGGCAGCCAGUGUGGGGAAGCUUAGCAUGUGAGGCAUAUGUGGAAAAACUCAACAUGAUACUUAGCAACACUAAAUGAUCCUUGGCAUUAUAGAGAACUCAGUACAAGGAUCCCCUUAAACAGGAAGAGAAUUUUCUAAGUGGCCAUGAACGGCCAAGCCAAUGCAACUAUAGGGAUAUUACAUGUAAUUGGUUUUAUUGUUUUUAGUGUUUUAGCAUUUGUAAUAUUGAUUGUUUGUUGUAAGCCGCCCAGAGUGGGAUGGUGUAACUUAGCGACCUGUAACAGCAUGGUUUGGACCCAGUGACCUUCUUGGCCUCUUUUCAACUCUACUAUUCUAUGAGUCUAGAGAUUCUUGUUGGGCUCAUGGGUAGCAUAUAAAUUAAAAAUAAAUAUUGGCAUAGAUUCCAUGUUUCCAGUACAGAAGAAGUUUGUGUAGGAAAAACCAUUAAGAUGAAGCUGCCCUUAGCCUGAGUUAAGUUCAGAUCUGAGUUUAUCAAAGAACAUAGUGCAUGACUUUGACCUUUUAACCUGUUUCCUACCUAUAAUCUUAUAGGUAAACAACCCUGCUGUGUUAACGCAGCUGAGUGAAAGGCUGCUUUCUGUGCUGAGAAGUACUGCAAAUUAUCUGAGUAUUAAAAACAUAUCUAGAAGUGUGUCCAUAUUGGAGAUUGUGCUUACUGAUACUGCAAGCUGGCUGACCUCUGCAGUACCCGGGCACAAGACAUCCCAUUAAGAGGUGGAUAAAUUCCUGUCAAGAUUUCCUGGCUCUUUUUGGCUCUGGCUGUUAAUUUCUUGAGGUUUUUGUAACCUCAUGUUACACAUAAAACCUUGGAUGCUGUUCUGUGCCCUCCAGAUCUUGAACUCCUCUGCAGUAGCAGGUCAAAUUUGGAAAUUCAGAUUUUUGGCUUGGGAGGUAAUUAGCAAAAGCUAAUAUCUGCUUCAUUCCCUUAACACCCUGAUAGAAAAGCAUCCAGGAAUGACUCCUGGACCUCAGAGAUAAGCUGCCAGCUGCCACAGAGACUAUAAAAGGGUGGUUCAAAGUCAAGCUCAAACAGCUGACUUUAAAAGAGAGAGAGAGAGACUUGGUUUGUUGUUGGUGGUGACAGGAAGCCGUGCUCCCCAAGCAAGCUGUCAGCUUCCUGCUUUUAUUUUCCCCCAUGCUAUCCACAGCAGAUCAACGUCUUUGUCAUAAGACAUCUGUCUCCUCCGGCAGAGUUAUUCACCAUUUGACCUAGGCGGGGGUCCCUCCCUUGUCUUCAUUAGCCCACAAAUGAACACCGCCUGAAGCUGGUCCACCAUGCCAUUAGUAACAAGAAGCAUUGAGCCAAGGCACCUGUGCCGCCAGACAUUGCCCAAUGUUCCAAAUGAGCUGGAAUGCGUGACCAACAUCACCCUGGCAAAUGUCAUUCGACAGCUGGGCAGCCUGAGUAAGUUUGCAGAGGACAUAUUUGGAGAGCUUUUCACUCAGGCAAACACCUUUGCCUCUCGUGUGAGCUCUCUAGUUGAGAGAGUUGAUCGGCUUCAAGUCAAAGUCACUCAGCUGGAUCCCAAGGAGGAAGAAGUGUCCCUGCAAGGCAUUAACACAAGGAAAGCCUUCAAAAGCUCCACAACUCAGGACCAAAAGCUUUUUGACAGAGACUCUCUCCCUGUGCCUGUCCUUGAAACAUACAGCAUUUGUAAUAUGCCUCCACCUCUUAAUAUCCUCUCCUGCUACAGGGAUGAUGGCAAAGAAGCACUUAAAUUCUACACAGAUCCAUCCUAUUUCUUUGAUCUUUGGAAAGAGAAAAUGCUGCAGGACACCAAGGAUAUCAUGAAACGGAAGCAUAGGAAAGAAAAGAAAGAUAAUCCAAACAGAGGAAAUGUGAAUCCUCGGAAAAUCAAAACCCGGAAGGAUGAAUGGGAGAAAAUGAAAAUGGGACAGGAGUUUGUCGAGUUAAGGGAAAAGCAUGCCCCAGGAGGGUACCCAGCUAAUAUGGUGUAUCAGAAUGGCAGCAUAGGCUCCAAUGAGAGCGUUGAGGCCAACUACUGCCCUCCCCCUCCGCAGCCAGAUUCAGUGUCUUCAUCACCCCCUCCGUUUACAGACGAUAGUCUACCACCACCACCAAUGGAAUUUAGCUAUCCAGCACACAACCAAAACACUUCUGGAGGGCUGAAGAAGCCCGGUCUGGUCAGCCCAAGCCACCCUCCACCAGCUCCACCCAUUAGCUCACCACAGGGGGCCAGGCCAGGGUUUGCACCGCCUCCUGCGCCACCUCCGCCACCACCACUGCUGAUAGGCACACCGCCUCCACUCGAAGGCUUCCCAGCUGCGGGCAUCCCACCGCCACCCUCCCCUCCCUCGUUCCCACCUCAUCCCGGUUUUGCUGCCCCUCCUCCACCACCCCCUCCAGCCUCAGAGUAUGUGGCUGCCCCUCCACCCCUGCUACCCCCGACAGGCGCUGGUGCACCGCCCCCACCCCCGCCCCCACCCCCUCCUGGUCCCCCUCCUUCCUCCUUUGCUGGCAUGGAUGGUCCAGAGGCGCCUCUUCCGCCACCAGAUUCAGUGUCCUCCAAAGCCAAGUCCUCAUUGCCGGCUGUCAGUGAUGCUCGGAGUGACUUGCUUUCUGCUAUUCGCCAAGGAUUCCAGCUCCGCAAAGUAGAGGAGCAGCGUGAACAGGAGAAGCGAGACGUGGUGGUCAAUGACGUGGCAACCAUUCUUGCACGCCGUAUUGCGGUGGAGUACAGUGAUUCUGAGGACGAUUCGUCAGAGCUCGAGGAUGAGUGGUCUGAUUAAGUGCCUGCCUGCUCUCCAAGCUGUGAAAGGACACUGGAAGACAGAAGUCCACAUAGCAUCUUAAAUUGCCAAAACAUGUUUCCACUUUUGUCUCUCAUCCAGUAACCAAAGAUCAGUGCACCAAGCUUCCAAAACCUCUUUUUCCCUCCCCCAGUAGUGGAACUUGUGCCUUUUUCCCAACAAGAAGAAAAAUGAAACUAACCCCAGAUCUCCAGAUUCUCAGGGUCCUAUAAAGAAAAAAAAGUAUGGCUAAAGAUUUCUCUUGGAUGUGGAGGAAACAAUUUUUGUAAGACUUAUAAAUGUAGGUCACUUUGUAGCCGAGAAGUGUUCUUUAAGAUGUCAAGCAUCUUGAAGGGCAGUACCCCUAUAGACAGUGCUCUUUUCCUUUACAGUUAUAUGUCUGGCAUUGUUAAUACUCGGCUGUAAAGUGAUGACUCGUUAUUCAAAUUGGGAAAUGGGCCUAAAUUAAUAUUUCUAUCCCACCCUAGAAUGCUACCUUCAAAACCUAAAGUUGAUGCACAGAACAGUUGGGGUCUUCUCAAUAGUGAUCCACCUCCCCCACAAGUCCUGUUAUGGCACUGUGUGCUCCUCCCAAGACUAGCAAAAAUGACCCAGUUGGACUCGCUCUUUUUGAGUAGUUCCCAUACUUCCAGGUUCUCAAUAAAUUGGUGAGAACACGCCUCACAUAAGACGCUAUUAUGGGCAUGCAGCCAUUGGAGUUGUAGGCUCUCGGUCCAUUUGGGGAAUAUAAACAGAUCAGGUACCUUUUAAAAUUAUAAAGAGAGGACACUUUAUGCUAGAGACUGAACAGCAGCAAAUUAAGCCAUUAUUAGCUCAAGCGCUCUACCUCUCCUGAUAUCAGAUGGGGGAUUUCAGGAAUAAAAGGUAUCUACUGAUGGACCCAAGCUGGUCAUCCGUAAUAUCUACCCAGUCUGCCUUACUAGCUUGUUUUAACCAGUACCCUGGUUUUAAUUAGUUCUGAGAUACCUUAACAUUUCUGUUAAUGGAGAAAAUCUUCAGAUCCCUCACCCUCGAAUUGCAAGGUUGGUUUAUGGAGAGCAACUAUUACAAUGGAGAUCUUAAGUUUUACUUUAAUUAAGCACCACGCAACAGUGUUUGAUAUGCAUGCCUCUUUCUAGAUGGGCCUUUUAAAAUAGCUUCUGUGGGUUUUUUUGGCAGAAUAUCAGAGGGCAAGUCCGUACAUUUAUCUGGGGAUCCUGGUUACUGGAAUGAUGCUGGCUGCUCCCAUAAUGAGGAUUAUGGGAUUAUGCAUGGCAGUCAGAUGUACUUCUGCCCGUUUUUCAGUCUGAAAUUAUUCGCUUUGCUCUAUGCUUUCUCACCAGGAUGUACCUUGUAACCACUUGCAAACACCAAAGGAAAGAUCCUAAUGGCAGACAGGUUACCUUGUUUCUUUCUGCCUUGAAGUUCCACAUGUUUAUUACUUGUCCAUUUUUAAUAAACUUAGAACUUCUGAUGCUAGGACACAACCCAAGCAUAAUGUUGUGUCCAACCAAGGGACCAAAGUAUCAAAAGCAGGCUCAGAUUUGUCUCAGCUGGAAGUGAGGGUAUGGAGAGAAUCCAUGUCCAGGCUACACUGGGAAGCUCCUCCAGACAUUCCCUGUUGUGGGUCUGGUGCUUCUGCGUGUGGCACUGGGCAGCCUUAAGCAUAUUAUUUUUGUGUGGGAAGAAAAAAUGGUGAUAAUGUCCUUUCUGGGGGAUUUAAAAGCCUUAAAAAGCACUCUUAAAUCUUAGAACACAAGAUUCUUACUGGGCUCGUUUGCCUCUCUUCUGCUCUGCUCCUCAUAAGGAAAACGUUAUUUUAGAGAGUAUGGUCAGGGAAACUGGAUGCUGCUGUCACAUGUAUCCUGGGAAGUGCUGUAUCCACUGUGACGUGGCGCACAGAGUUUAUGUUCAAGCAGUAGCAUCAGCAGCUGGCCUGGAAUGGGGCGAAGUGACCUUAGUCUGUUUUGUACUGUGCCUUGUUUCUCUUCCUGGAUUGCACCCAAACCUGCGUUAGGGUUCAGAGCGGGUACUUGUGUGGCGGGUUUCUUAGUUGUGUAGGGACAAAUGGGACAUCCUGCAGACUAGGAUAAGUAACGGUGGUUACCCAUGAGUACCCCGGUGCCAUAAUUUCAUACUGAGGAUUAUGGUGGUUUCCCAUUUCCCACGUACACUGGGUAACAGCUUCACUUGAGCUAGUUAUUGAGUGAACAUACACGGGGCAGGAGGGUGUUGGUGCAAAUCCUUGUGUAAUGCAGAGUGAAAAGAGCUGCUCAGCAUCCUGUUUAGACUUCUGGAAAUUUGAUAGCGGUCCUCUUUCUGCUGCCCUUCAGACAUAAAUUUAACACGCAUGCGAACACACGCAAGUUUUCAGAAUAAAAACCUUCCUCCUGAAUCUCAGUGGGACUUGCUUCUGCCCUGUUCUAAAGAGUUGGAAUGAUCUGCUUUUACACACCGCUUAAAGCAGGUGCCCUGAAAGAAGAAACUGGUUGUGGUGAUUGUAUCCUUCAGAUGGCAGGGCAAGCUGGCACAAGUUCUGACCAGCCAAACUAGUUGCAUGCUAUCAGGCAUGUAAUGGGCCCUGUCAAAUAUGAGCACCCCAUCCCUUUCUUGCAGUUCCAGAUGGGUAGUAAAACAAGUUUAUUGAGUCCUCUUAUGCAAAAUAAAGUCCUGGGAUUAUCUAGGACUGAAGCUGCUAUUUGCCAGGGAUUAUCUCCAAAGUAAGCUUUAUUCAGUCAUUUUGACUAGAAACUUUUGUCAACCAGGGGUAUUGUGUGAUUCUUGACAGUUGAUUUACUUUGGGGUGCUUGAAUUCUGCUUAGCAUUAGCUGCAUCCUAAAGAAGAGCAAAAACGGCUAGUUGGUUAAAGCAAAGGGUAGGGCUAUGCUUGCCUUUUCUUUCCGUUUUUCAGGUUUCUUGAGAAAAUAGGUUAGAAAAUUGGUUUGCAUUCCAUGUGAUCUCCAUCACUUGCUCUGCCUGCAUUGUUAUUUUUACUGAACUUUUUUUUUUUUACUCAAAGGGGUGGCCCCCUUUUUAGACUUUUUCUGGCUUUGGUUUUUAACUAUUCUUUUUCAUUGUUCUGUGCGCUACUUCCAGGCUGCAGCUACAGGGUGCUGGGUCCAAAACCUCUUACAGUCAUUGAACUUUCGCUGCUUUCCUUCUCCAUCACACCUGACCGAACCCAGGGUGCAGAGCCCUUAAGAGUUACCGGAUACCACACUGGUGUACUAGCAGCCCUUGGGGAAAUCCAGGUCGCAUGCCUGGGCUAAGGGGACAGUGCCCUUUAACAGACUGUCCCUGCCUUCAGAAACUCUCAAGCAGUGUGGUGUUUGAUUUCUUUUGUAUGUAAUUUUUUAACAGAAUCUUGAAGUGUGGGGAGAGCUAAGGGUCUGGGGUUUUGCUUUUUUUAAUUGCCGCUUUUAACAUUCAUUUAAUUGAUUUCAAAAACUAACUUUUUUUUAGAAUGAUAGAUGAUUUGUGUAAGUGCCUUAUUUCAUACUACAGUUAUAUUUAUAAAAAUAAUUAUUUCACAUGUAUCAUGGGGUGGACCCAAACAAAAGAUUGAAUAGUGAAGGAAGCCUCCUUUUUUCCAAGUAUGCACACCUGCCUAUCCCUAAAUAGUUGGUUGAUAGUGAAGAGAUAUCAUUGCAUGUUCCCUGGUGUUGGUGGACGAAAACGGUUAUGACCGGGGUGACUUUGCUCGUACCAAUGGGAAAGGCUGUUUUUCAGACCCAGAGCUGGUUCAUAUGCCCUUGACAACUAAUACAGUGGUGCCUCGUAGUUCAAAUGACUCUUAAUUUCAAACGAUUCAGAGUUGGAACGUUAGGAGUCAAGAUAAAAUCGCUCUGCAGUUCGAACCAUGCUUCUAAGUUGGAACAGUGAGCAAAGUGGAAAAAUACGGUUGCAGCAAAAAUGUCAUCAGUUGUGUGGCCAAGUCAAAAAAAUAUUACAGUAAAAGUCACAGUGCCAUUAAUCCCCACCAAAAUACUCACCUUUGCUUUGAAUAUAGGUGCCCCGUUCUUGCCACUUUCUGAAGCAGUUCUGGAAGUCUUUUUUUGUGAGUGUCUUUAGUUGUGCUGUUGUGGAUUCGACUUGAAUCAAUUUGUCUUCAUAAAGAGGCAAGAACGAUGGGAUGUGUUCAAAGUGAGGGGGAGUAUUUUGAGGGGAUUAAAGGCAAUGUGUCUUUUACUGUAAUUUUUUUUAUUUAAACAUUCAUCAUAUGUUUUGAUCACACCUCAUAUAUAACCUUGAACUUAAUUUGUUUGGGAGGCUGUAUUUGAUGUUUUAAGUGUACCAGAAUAUUUAGGGUUUGGGAACUAACUGAUUCACUUUCCAUUAUUUCCAGCGGGGAAAAUUGAUUCAGCGUUCAGAUGGCCUCCUGAAAUGAAUUACGUUCAAAUUAUGAAGCACCACUGUAUUGUGAUCUCCCACGUACAUGUUUUCUCCUGUCUGCUGGAUGUGAACCAUGCAGAGUAUAAGUUACUCCGUGCCCAGGUCCACAUGUUACCAUAGGCCUGCCUUCCCCAGCUGGGUGCUUUCCAAAUGUUUUGGACACCCAUCAGCUGCAACUAGUGUGGCAAAUGAUAUAUUCUGGAAGUUGAUUGUCCAAAAUAUUUGAAGGGCAGCAGGUUGGAGAAGGCAUUUGUGUGAACUGGCCCUUAGGGUAGAUCCAAAAAAUGUGAAUUUACCAGAUGAUACUGUAAGGACUGCACACUUCUUCAGUUCUGAGGCCAGUAACAUGUAUGUUUGCUGUACAACCUGUUUGUCAGGUGCCAAAUUCUAAUUUGGGUCAGGAGGGGGAAGUAGCACCUUGACUAAAGUAAUGUAACUUUCUUUUGGGUCUUUUGUUCCAAAUUUGGCCUUCCUUGUUCAUCUGACUGUCUCUGCAUUUCUUAAUCCAAACUUUUUUUAAAAGCAUUGCAUUUAUAAUCUCUUGAGUCUUGUGUGUCUCUCUCUUCUGGAGGGAUUUUUUGUAAUGUAUGUGUACAUGUGAUUAAGAAGAAAUACUUUUUACCAUGUAAACUUUAAAAAAAUGAUAAAUAUUUUCUGGCCAA